GGGAAAAUAUUCGCUUGGGACGGACGAGGCAAAAAGAAAUCCCCAAUCUCCAUUUCCCUAGUGGCCUUCGCCGUCGGCCGGCGAGCCACCGUCGAUGGCGUGAUGCAGCUCGAGUCACGUUGCUAGCGCUCAACUGAGAGACCAUGGCGGGAGUCGCAGGGGCGUGCAGCAUCAGCGCCCCCUCCGCCGCCCGCAUCCUGCCGGAGGAGGUUGUGGUGUGGGAGAUCCUCGUCCGCCUGCCGGCGAGGGAGCUCCUGCGCUGCCGCGCGGCCUGUCAAUCCUGGCGCCGCCUCACCUCCGCCGCCGAUUUCCUCCUCGCCCACCACCAGCACCAACCGUCGCUCCCCCUCGUCUCCUUCAGCGCCAAAGACCGUGACGAGCAGGGCUACUUCGACAAAGUGGUCGACGCCUUCGACCACCGGCUAGUCCCGGCCGAGCGCCGCCGGCCGGUCCUCGGCUUCCGCGAUCGCAGGGAUGGCCGCGUGGUGCUCCACGCUUCCUGCCACGGCCUUAUCCUGCUAUCCGUCUCUACUCGUCGCUUCCAAAUCAGCAACCCAGCUACGGGUCAGUGGGCUUCGCUGCCAGCUCUCGUCGGUGCCCAUGUCGCAGGGAUGUACCCGUCCGGCGAGGAGUACCGCAUCCUCUACUGGAAGCAGAGGUUCAAGGGCGACAGCCCCGUGUACCACGUCCUCACCGUGGGCUCCUCGGAGGAGCCGAGAUGCAUCGGACUGCCUAUAGCCUCCGCCCCUCUGAACCAGCUUUUCCUCGAAGGGAUGAACCCUAGCAGUUCUCAUCCACCAGUGCUUCUACACAGCUGCCUUCACUCGCUCCAAGGCCGGAAGCGCAGCAGCAUGGUUGUCUUCGACACGGUGGGCGAGUCGUUCAGGCCGAUGCGCUCUCCCUUUUUCGAUGAUGAUUGGGAUCCUUAUCUGCACGAGAUCGACGGUACGCUUCGCAUCAGCUGCCUAAACAGCGUGGUGCUGAAGAUCUGGGUGCUGCUGGACUACGACAAAGAGGUCUGGUCGCUCAGGUACCAUGUUAAAGUUCCAAGGGUGGGCAGAUUGUAUGGCAGUUUCGACAGCAGCUCGAGCUAUACCGUUGUAUCAGAGAAGGGAGAUAUGCUGCUCUUCUUGUUCAACCGCAUGUUUCACUGCGACAGCUAGGGCAAGGGGCUCGGGGAAUUCAAAUGGGAAUCGUGUGAUCCAUGCAAUGCUAAACAUCUCUUCAAAGAAAGCCUUAUCCGCCAUGUAUUCUUUCCACGACGAGGUUCCUGGGAAACGCCGUAUUUUCUGCUAGGGCUACUAGGUGGAAAAAGGAAUCUCUUACUCAAGUAACUGAAGCAAUCCGUACAUCUCCACAUCCGUAGCAUUGGUGCAGUGGAGAAGCUGUCAGACAGGCCGAAAUGAUAACCGUGCCGGUGUGGUCUCGUAAGACCAUUCCGAUGCCUGCAGAUCCAUCAUGUGCAUACGAACCAUCAACAUUCAGUUUUGCUUCUACAUUCGCUGGCAAUAACCGUGCCGGUGUGAUCUCUCUUUCUGUCACCCAUAAUUGCAGGCCUUAUGAACAUGAAAGCCAUCAGCAUUUGAUAAUAUUCGGAAAGAGGAACCAUGAGAUGUAGGACACUUGAUGGACAUAUAUGGCUUUUAUCCCUAAUAUGUGGAAAGAGGAUAGCCGUUUCUUUUAUAGAGGCCUUGGCAGAGUGCCACCUAAUCACGACUCUUUCCAGUUAUAAUAACCUAGUUUAAAGACAGUUGUGAGACGGUGUACUGACCGUUUGUUCUUCGCCUGCCGUGUUUAUGCACUUCUGUUUGAGGUUUAUGCUCUGCCCCCGUGUGAACUUGUUAGUGAAUUCGGUUACCAUCGGUCAUCAGUGUGGCUCUCUAAGUUAGCAAUGUGCUAGCAGUACAACAUGAGUAUAUAUAAGAAUUGUUAGCUUCACUUAAAUAAAGUACGUGGAUACUGCCCCAUGUUUUGCGUACAUCUGAAUUAAGCUUAGGAGCAGAAAUAUGCCCAGAGUCUCUCAAGAGUUGAUUACCUUUUGAGCAAGUUGCUGGGUGCACG